AGCACCAACUAAUAUCAAGCGAAGCAGACUGUGGGUAGUGUGAGGCCCUACUGUGUAUCUUGACUUAUACAUGGGACGCUCAUUGUGGAACUACUGAAUGUUAUCUUCAAAAUGAAUAACAACCGAAGUAGACCGCAGGAUGUUAAGAAGUUGAUACAAGAACAAUUGAAAACAAAAGCUGUCACCAAACAGAUUGACUCGCCAUAUGCCAAAUACAACAGUCGAGGGCAGCUGAUGUGUGUGGUGUGUGGGACGGUGGUGAAGAGCGCUAUUAUUUGGCACGCUCAUGUUAAUAAGAGGUCUCAUGUGGAGAAUCUUGCAGAACUCAAGAAAAAACAACAACAAGUAAACAGUCAACAGUUAAGCAGCAACAAAGUUAGCAGCACCAAACCUUCAGGUGGACAAAAGCGGCCUUCUUCUCCUGCCUCACAGUCCCCCAGCAAGAAACAAGCAACAGUUCCAUUUAAACCAAAAGGAAUCUUAAAGAAGGUCGGCACAUCCUCUUCUGAUGAUGACAGUAGUGAUGAAGAGGAACCCCAGCCUGCUCCAGUCAUGCAAAUAAAGAGAGAGAAUGGGGCUGGGACUGAAAAAGAAACCUCUAAUGAUGUUCCAGAAGGCUUCUUUGAUGCAGAAGAAACUCCUGCAAAACCUCAAGAAGAGGAAUCAAUAUACAAAGAAAGGCCACCCAAGCCCAAAGAUCCACCAAAACCAAAUACAACUGAAGUUUUACCUGAGGGAUUCUUUGAUGACCCUGUGGCUGAUGCAAAGGCCCGCAAAGUGGAAUACAAAGAUAAGGAUGCCGAAGAGUGGAUGUCAUUCAUGCGAGAAGUUUCUGCCGCUGAGCAAGAAAGUCGCAUGAUCAUUGAAGAAGAUAAAGAAGAAGCAGCCUUGACAACUCAGAUUGAACAAGCCAAUGAGCAGAUUGCUUGCUUAGAACGAGUUGUAGAACUGGAUAAGAAGAAGACUACACAGCUUAAGGAAAGAGGGAAUCCAAAAUUAGAUUCAGAUGACAGUGAAGAUUCCAGUGAUGAAGAAUUUGCUCCAGUUAUUUGGAGAACAAAAAAUUCUCUUAUCUAGUUUGCUGUACUGUAUAUAUUGUAAUUGCCUCAAAAUUUAAAAAAAAAUUCAGUAUACAGUAUUCUCUUUCUUUUUAUUCCAUAUCUUACAUUUUGCAGUACAUGUCCUAACAGUCAUUAACCUUAUUUCAAUAUUACCAGCUGCUGCUGGAGGAUAGACUACUGUAUAUCUGCAAGGAGUUUUAGGUAUAGUAUUGCAAUAUGGUGUUGCUAUUAAGAAAUUGUUUCUUCUUUUCUUUUUCUUUCUUAAGAAAAUAAUUAUAUUUUGUUGAACACAAGAGCAGUAUUUUAUUUUAAUUAAACAUUUAUAGUACUGUACUUAGAUUAAUAAAAUAUGGAGUUGUCCUUGAUGCUUCACUAAAAUUAAUUAGGUGGUUUGUGGAGGAUGGCUGAGAGUAUGUUAUGAAUUGUGCACAUAUGGUAUGGGAUUAAGACCAUAAAUGUUAUCAUUAAAUAAGCAGAUGUUACUUUUACUUUUAUCCUCUCCGCCACUGAUCGGCUCAUUAGCUGCUUGGGCAGUCGGUCACAUUUCUAAUAUGCACUGUUGGCAAUUACUGGGCAUGAACUGGCUCUUGAAUGUAUCUGAACCUGCUCCAGUGUUGGUCAAGUCUGGUCUUGAAACAGCUCGCACUCGGUGCUGUCACAACACACUCUGGCAGGUUGUUCCAAGAGUUCACAAUUCUCACUGAGUAUUGCUAUCAGGUUUCAACACUUACAGGUGUAAUUAUGGCCAGUUGAUGAAGUACAGUACACAGGUAAUUUUGUGGGAGUAAAUUUAUUGUUGUAGAUGUUUGAAAAGCACAAGUGAUAAUAUUGAUAGCUGGAAGUUGGUGUAUAGUGAUAGUUUUUUCUUUCUUUAGUCCUAUCAUGGUAAGUCAUAAGUUAAAUACCUUAUAUAGUGUCUUAUAAUCUCCUGUGAACACUGUUAAUAUAUCAUAAAACAGUGAUAAAUUGGUGUAAGUACAUAAUACUAUAAAAGCUACUUAUCCCAAGCUCAUAAGUUAUAUACAACUUAUAAUUGUAUUGCUAUAUAAGUGUGUUGACUUCCAUAACUCCCUAACCAACCACUUGUUUAUUACAUUAUUCUCCUGUGCUUUCUCUGGUUCAUCAUUUUUUGCCUUCUAAAAAUUAUCCACUGUCUUAUUACUUAAUAAUGCUUAAUUCUUACUCAGUUAAAAAUGGGGUUUAAUAAUGUGCUCCAAGCCUUAAAAGAAAGUUAAUCUUCCAUGGAGCAUGUGGACAUCUAUCCAUAGAAUUGCAUUAUAAUGUGUAUUAUUUUUUUUUAAAUAAAGUGAUUUAUUCUUAA